AUGACUAGUGUGGAUUUGUACAUAAACACGGAGGAUAUCACUAACCAUGAAGAUGGGAACAAUCAUUAUGGUGGAUCUUUUUUUGCACAAGAUGAUCACAUGGAUGAGGGUGGACAAGAUGGUCCAAGGCAAGAACAAGCAAGUACUUCACGGGUUCAUGAAGAAGAUGGUCGGAGUUUAUUUGCACAAGAUGAUCACAUUGAUGAGAAUGAUUCCGACUACGUAACUCCAACUGAAAGCUCGGUAGCACACAAUCCCUCUUCGAGUAGUGAUGAUGAGGAAAAUGAUGAUGAAGAAUUGGUGAAUGAAGAAAGGGAACUAAAUCCAUUUCCCCGGCGUCAUGUAUAUAAGGAAAUGGGUGAAUGGAAUGCCUCGAGUGUUUACAAGGAUGAUCUUGGUAUAAAAAUGACGAGACUCCCGAAGGGAUGGGCAUUAAAACUAAUCAUGAGAAAGGUUGCAAACAACGUGGAUUACACGGUAAAGUCGGUGCAAAAAGAUGUGAAGGAGCUGGUAAAAGUUGAUUCCCCCUACAAAAGGGCGUGGAAAUGGAGGAGGAAAGCCAUAGAGGCGGUUUAUGGCAAUUGGUCCUCCAAUUUUGAAGAUCUUCCUAGGUAUAUUGAAGCACUUAAGAGUACUAAUCCCGAAACUAUAGUGGAAUGGGAAUGGAACGAGGGAGAAGAAGGUUGGAAUAUCGGAAGUAAGACUUUUAAAUACAUGUUUUGGUCAUUUGCACCAGUGGCUGACACUUUCCUUGAAUGUCCCCCGGUGAUUUCUGUUGAUGGAACACACCAACGUAAGGGAUACAAGGAUAAGUUGCUACUUGCUUUGGUGUAUACCGCAAACAAAUACAUUUUACCGGUCGCAUUCGCCGUGGUUGAUGAAGAGACCACUGAAAGUUGGCCAUUUUUCAUGACACACUUGAGGGUUGUGAGACAGUUUGGCUACAUUCAAGUUGUUCCCCGAUGGUCUAUGAUUUCCAAUAUCCAAGAGAAUCAGAAUGCUCACGAACACAACAUGUCUGAGUUUACUGAGAAAAAUGGGGUGGAUCACCAUAGUAAAGUACGCCCACAUUGGAAUAGGAGACACCGAAACAUUCCUCAGGAUUUGGAGGAAGGAGAGCCUGGUCAAACUGAUGACAAGUACGAAGCGUGGCAUAACAACGGUUCGGUGAAAUUGAUAAGCGAUACGAGCCACUACACAUCAGCCGGAUAUGAGUAUUACUCGAGCCGAUUGAAAGUCUAUGUUUAUUGUGAUGAUGAUGAUGAUAGUGAUACUAGUGAUACUGAAGAUACUAGUAAGCGUAAGGUUUGUGCGCGUUAUCUGACCAUUAGUCGUCGGAAGAAAAAAGAGGAAAAAGAGAAAAAGAAGCGAAUGAAAAUGACUCAGGUCAAUAUGGGUGGUGUACCGUUUCAGACUCGGUCUAGUCAGCCGAUUUAUAUACCCGAGUAUUCUCAGGACGACCUGGAAGAGGAGGAUGAGGAUGAGGAGGAUGAGGAGAAUGAUUUUGAUGAGGAUGAUGUGCAGGAUAGUGUUAGGAUGGGUGCGCAUCACAGAGAUACGCCUAUGUACAAUCUUAGUAGUUACCCUCCUCCCCGGUACUCCAGUUGUCCACGGCCUGGUCCUGGCGGUUUACCCUCUCCCCCUACCCCUAUCCCUUCUUCUAUGAGUGGUGAGUGGCGCAGUCCACAUUAUAGUCCCUCUUUCCUGCAUCCCGGUCAAUUCCCACAGGGUAUAUCCACCGGUAGUCGGCCUCGUCCCUCCCGCCCCGCUCAGGCAUCUCCCCCCUACAUUGAUCCCGUGCCCCCUCGCGGAGGUCUCGUCUCCGCUGAAGUAUCUACACGUCCUCCCCCUCUCAUUGAUCCCGUGGGCCCUAGCCGAGGUCCCGGAUCCACUGGAGUAUCUACACGUCCAGUUACCACUAUUGCAUCAUCAGGCGGCAGCAGCCAGUCGAGAGUUUCUGAUGAAAUUGAUCCGACUAUAUGGCUAGUGACAGAUGAAGUACCUGGUGGGCCGAUAGAUGGUAGCGUGAUUCCUAGCUUCCUUGGGCAUAUUGCUUAUCAUUUCUGGCAUGGAUACAAUAGACCCACAUUGAAGAUUUUUAAAGGCCAAAAGAUUCUGAAUAAGUUGAAGAUGUGGUAUAAAGAUAUGGAUGAUGUAGUGAGAGGCAAGAUUCGGGGGACUGGAUUGGGUAACCUUCUUCAUACCUCGUAUGAAGAUAUUGAUCUUGGCUUAGUUCAGGCAUUUGUUGAGAGGGUUGAUGGAGAGUUGGUGUCAGGUACAUCCGAGACAGAUGUGUUGAGGGGACAUGCAGCAGGGAUACUUGGCCUGGAUGUGAAUGGUUACAAAUGGAGUCAUGGCGGUGUCUCUGAUUGGUCAUCCUUGAGCAAUGCCAGAAAGCGGACGAGAAUACCCAGGCCUCUACUUUCUUGUGGGUAUUGUUGGCCUCGACGUUGUUCAUGGGCAAGAGUGGUGGGAGAUCGUCUUCGUCAGGUUAGGGAGCGUCUCGACCGUUUCACCGAGUUAGAGGUAAAGUGGAAGCCAUUUGGACCUGGCCAACAAGGAAUAGUUCCGAGGACUAUCUACAGUAGGUGGAUAAUGUAUAGGAACUUGCAGGAGCCAUACAUGCCGGACAGAUGUAUACGUCAGAUUGGCUACGUACAGAGUAUUCCUCGUUCGCCCAUGUCCCCUAAUGAUGCAUCCCGAGGACCUAGGACUACCCAGUACUUUGUAGAGCAUUCUGCUGUUGACAUACUCAGUACUUGGAGGAGAUUCCCGGAGUCAGCGUGUAUUAAUUUGACCAGAUGGCGACCCAAUAUCGGUGACAUCGUAGGAGAGUGUGAGGAUGGGUACCUUAAAUGGUACAGGCAGUAUUCACAUCCAUUUCCGCUGCCGACAACUGACCCAUCUGCAGUUUCUACACCAGCUAGGAGCAGUCAGGAUUAUUGGAUGAAUGAAUUGAUGAAGCUGACGACGGAUCUGAUUAGAAAGGUCAAAGUGUCCGAUCGCGACCUAGCUGACGAAUAUGAUGAGAAACUGCAGGAUACGAUGAUCCGUUAUUACAAGGCCCCAUGA